GCCUAGUUACAUCUGCCAGGAAGAGAAAGAUUUCCUCACUUAGUUACCAUGUUCAGUCAGACGCGGAGCUCGUUUUAAAUGCGAUUUUAGGGGUUUGUUUGUGAAGUUUUUACGUUAACUGUUGGAAAAGGAGGUCGUGUUUUAGAAAAAGAAGGAGAAAAAAAGUGGAGGUGAAGGCGGAAAUGGGAAAAAAACAGGAGACAAAUCCGAACUCCGAGUACGGAGAACCUGCUCAGUUUGACCCAACCUUCAAUGGACCCAUUAAGAAAAGAGGAUGCACUGAUAUAAUCUGCUGUAUCCUGUUUAUGGCAGUUAUCCUCGGCUACAUAGCAGUCGGGAUUUUAGCUUGGCUCUAUGGUGAUCCGCGGCAUGUUCUUUAUCCCAGAAACUCAACUGGAUGGUUCUGUGGCACUGGACCAAAUAAAAACAGACCGAAUUUGUUGUACUUUAACAUCCUCAAAUGUGCCACAUCUAUUAAUGUUAUGGCAUCUGCUCUUAAUGGUUUACAGUGUCCAACCACACAGGUGUGCGUGGAAAAAUGUCCUUCUACAUUCUGGGGUGUCGGGUCAUAUUUUCCAGGCUCUAAACCAGCAGAUACUUUCAAUCAAAGCCUCUGUGUGCCAUCCAUAGACCUGGCAAAUACUGAUCUGACUGUUCAACAAAUCGUGGACAAGGAGCUGUGUCCUUUCUUCCACGUCCCUACGAUCUCUGUGCUGGGAAGAUGUUUGCCUGAUAUCACAGCGCUGGGGGACCCUUCAUACUUCUCCAACAUUCAAGAUUUAUCCUCCUCAGCCAACGACACCAUCAACAUCAUCAAGUAUGGCACUGGCACAGAGUCAUUGGAUGAGGACAUUGUGAAUGGCUUCAAUGCCAGAGAUAUUGGUGUCCGAAUCUUUGAGGAUUUUGCGUCAUCAUGGCCGUGGAUCCUCCUUGGUCUGCUAAUAGCCAUGGUGGUCAGUAUGCUGUUCCUGUUGCUGCUGAGAUUCACUGCUCCAGUCAUGGUGUGGGUGCUCAUCAUAGGAGUCCUGGGUGCUGGGGCAUACGGGAUAUGGCACUGCUACUGGGAGUAUGAUAACCACAAGAAAAACUCUGCUACCAUCACUGACAUUGGUUUCACCACCAACUUCAACGUUUACCUGCAAGUCCAAGAGACCUGGCUGGCAUUCUUGAUAAUCAUUUCUGUGGCAGAGGCGAUCAUCCUCCUGACCCUCAUCUUCCUGCGGACCAGAAUCCUCAUAGCCAUCGCACUCAUCCAGGAGUCCAGCAAGGCAAUCAGUCACAUGAUGUCUGCUAUGCUGUACCCUCUGAUCACCUUUGUCCUCCUGCUGGUGUGUGUUGCUUACUGGGGUGCCACUGCCUUAUACUUAGCCACUUCAGGAGGUCCAAUCUACAGAGUGGUAGCUCUCAACUCCACAAUGAGCGGUUGUAGUAGUAUCAAUGGCACGAUGGACUGUGACCCUCAGAACUUCACCUCAUCAGAUUACCCAGGAUGCCCCUCAGCCAGCUGCAUCUUUAUCAAAUACAACGACGAGGGUCUCUUCCAGAGGAACCUCUUCAAUCUGCAGAUCUACAACGCGGUGGCUUUUCUCUGGUGUGCCAACUUUGUCAUUGCUCUGGGGCAGUGUACGCUGGCAGGGGCCUUUGCCUCAUACUACUGGGCCUUCACGAAACCAGAUGAUAUCCCCAUGUUCCCUGUGUAUGGCGGCUUUAUGCGUUCGCUCAGGUACCAUGUGGGCUCCCUGGCAUUUGGUACUUUGAUUCUGACCCUGGUGCAGAUAGCAAGGGUCAUUCUGGAGUACAUUGACCACAAAACAAGAGAGGCGCAGAAUCCAGUAGCACGUUUCAUAUUGUGCUGCAUGAAGUGCUGCCUCUGGUGUCUGGAGAAGUUCAUCAAAUUUCUCAACAGGAACGCUUACAUCAUGAUUGCCAUUUAUGGGAAAAACUUCUGCGUCUCAGCCAAAAAUGCUUUCAUGCUGCUCAUGAGAAAUGUUGUAAGGGUCGUCGUGCUCGAUAAAGUGACAGAUCUGCUCUUGUUCUUUGGGAAGCUCCUGGUGGUUGGAGGAGUGGGUGUAUUGUCCUUCUUCUUUUUCUCUGGACGAAUUCCGCUACCAGGCAACACCUUCCGCUUCGAAACACUUAACUACUACUGGAUGCCAAUUAUUACUGUGGUGUUUGGUAGCUACCUCAUAGCUCAUGGGUUCUUCAGUGUGUACAACAUGUGUGUAGACACACUCUUCCUCUGCUUCUUGGAGGACUUGGAGCGUAAUGAUGGAUCUCUACAGAAGCCGUAUUUUAUGUCCAAAAACCUCAUGAAAAUCCUCAAUAAAUCCAACAAGGCGAAGAAAAAAGGUAGAGGGGAGGACUGAAGAUCUUUACCUCAUGAAAUCACAUUAACACUAUGUCACAGAUUUUCAGGAUCUUUGCUAUUUGUAAAUUCCGUUUUACCAUUUUAACACUCCGUUUUCUUCUAAAUAUGUUUACCGGACCUGAUUUGCUGAUUUUGCACUUUUUAAUUAUUAUUUUUUUUAUUGUGCAUGUGCAUAUGUUGUACAUAAGAAAAGACUGGGCAUGUGAAAGUUUUCAUGUUUCGAGCUAUCCUAUGUUAUAUAUUUCUGAAAAUAAUUCUUGACAAUAUUUUGCUAAUAAUAUUUGUUUCUGUUCAUGCAGCUGGUGUUCACACUGUUGUGGACAUUUUAAACUGAUUUAUCAGGCAUCACAUAAUCCAGUUAAACAGCUUUGAAUGCCACUAAGAUUUAGGCUUUAAUGACAAUCUUUUAUAGAGUACUCUUAAUAUAUAAUGUCUUCAGAUGUAAACAAAAAAAGUUCUUACUUAUAUAUUUUACUUACUAUUUGUAAAAAGGUUGUUUUAUAAAUAAAACAUUUUCAAUCAUAUUUGAAAAAGUGUAAUAAAGUUGUAAAUAUGAGUGCACAUGA